AUGUCUGGUAUGAAAUUUGAAGCCAAAUCCAAAGAGGCUAAACGAUUGGCACGAAAACGCUAUCCCGGUCUGAUCGAUCUGAAUGCCCGUCCAUCUGGACCGCGUCAUCGUUUACGGUCACGUGUCCUUACCCCGCGCGCGAUCCGCAAAAUUGCGGACACACUGGACUCAGCUGAUCAACGGGAUAUGGAUUGCCGUUUUUCCGACAAUUUCCAACACGCGAUCAAGCCACGUUGA